AUGCCAAAAAAUAUCGACGCCAGCGUAAAAAUUUGGGCUUAUUCCUUAAAGCUUCUUCAGGGCAGGAAACCCCGUCUUUAUAGCUAUCAAGGCAGUCUGCCUAGUCUUCCCCUUCCUAGUUUGAGCGAGACUUUGGAACGUGUGACGGAUUGGUGGGAGGAGUAUGUCUACCUCAGCAACCGAGCUCCACUGAUGAGCAACAGCAAUUACUACGGUCUCGACACCAUGUGUCAGGUGGUCGGCAACCCCACACAGGCGGCUAGAGCGGCAUUUAUUGCCUACCACUGUCUCCAAAUUCGUCAUGCCAUUUACCUCGGCGAGAUGGAACCAAUCAUGCUUCACGGCAUCGUGCCCCUCUGCUCCCUCCAGUAUGAACGACAGUUCAACACCACUCGCAUUCCUCAGACCGGCGAAGACGUGAUUAAACAUUGGACUACAUCAGACCACUUUGCGGUCUACCAUCACGGUCGCUACUUCAAGUGUCCUUUCACCGUGGAGGGCAGAUAUCUUCUCCCAGCCGAGCUGGAGGCAAUGUUCGAGUCCAUCCUCGGAGAUGUGAGCGAACCCGCUCCGGGCGAAGAGCUACUGGGUGCUCUAACUGCUGGACCGCGUGACGAUUGGGCCACGGCCAGAAAGUCCUUCUUCUCCUCUGGCGUCAACCGUAUCUCACUCAAUGCCAUAGAGAAGGUGAGGAGAGUUGCAUUUUUGGCACUUCCAUUUCACCAUUCUGAAAGUACUAGUGCACAGUUGGGAGUAGCUGUCGAAGCACUUUUGGCUCAGAAUACUUUAACUGCCCACCCUCCCUCCCCCAGAGAGGAUAUGGGAAUAGGAAGGCUCCCCACCCCCACGGGUGACCUUGAGCUAAAUUCCAUAGGUAGUAAAUAUGUUUCGUAUCAAAAUCUUAACCCUUAUUUUCCCUGGCAUUUAGCGCGAAGUCGCAUGUAUUGCGGAUGGUUUCUGUGUCUGUAUGAAUCGCGAUGA